AUCUGAUUGGUUUGUGGGACUUGCUUACACGGCGGGAACUUCUAGCUAGCUAGUCAGGUAUGUUUACAGUUAGCUAACAAGCGGUGUAUAUCAAAUUUGUAGCUACAAAGAUUUUUUUUUCAGAUAGUAUAUCAGUUGGACAAGGCAGUCACCAUGGCUGCUCCCUCAGUGGAGUACACCAUAGGAGGGGUGAAGAUACAGUUUCCUUGCAAAGCCUACCCCUCGCAGCUGGCCAUGAUGAACUCUAUAGUGCGAGGGCUGAAUCAUGGACAGCACUGUCUAUUGGAGAGCCCUACAGGGAGUGGCAAGAGCCUAGCCCUGCUCUGCUCUGCCCUGGCCUGGCAGCAGGCACAAUAUGGUAAGCUUGAACAGGACGGCAGCAGUCCUACAGAGGGUAAGAAGCCAGCUGUCACCACCCCCUGUCAGUGUGCCUGUCAUAGCAAACCCGCCAGUGUCCCAGACAACAGGCCCAAAGCACUAGCCACUGUGGUGGUGGACCUCACAGGCUCACCGGAGGUAGUGAUGGCACAGGGAUCAUCUUCUCCCACAGACCCAGUGCCCCCUCCACCAGAGGAGUACAAGCCCAAGUCUUUAGCCUCUCGUCUGUCUGACAAGCUCCAGACCUCCCUCACCUCCGAGGAUGAUGACUUCCAGCCCGAUAGGAAACGCAUCCGCACCCCUGCCAUGGAGCAGAAGGGUCGUAAGAGGAGGUGCUUGGAGCCGGGAGUGGUGUUUAUAGAUGAUGAGCCAGAAGGAGAGCGGCCAGUGCCUGGAGCACAGACCUGGACUGUGGAGCUGAGUACCCAGGCACAGACUAUAGACCUGCCACUUGAUAGAAACGGCUGUUCCCCCAUGGUGUCCUGCUCUCUCUGCCCCUGUGCCUCAUCCAAAGGCGGCCAGAAUGGAGCCGCGGGGAAGUCUUCAAAGGAGAAGGACAAAGAGGGCAAGAAGAAACAAGUCCCCAAGAUCUUCUUUGGCACUCGCACCCACAAACAGAUCACUCAGAUCGCCCACGAGAUGAAGCGUACGCUCUACUCUUCCGCCCCCAUGACCAUUCUGUCCAGUAGGGACCACACCUGUGUUCACCCAGAGGUGGUGCCUCAUUCCAACCGCAACGAACGCUGCAAGGAACUGCUGGAAGCCAAGAAUGGCGUGUCGUGCCGCUUCAAAAACGGCGUGCACAAGAUGCAGGACCAGAACACUUUGCAGUGGGUCCAUGGUCUCCACCAGGCCUGGGACAUAGAGGACCUGGUUCGGCUGGGGGGCCGGCUGAGGGCCUGCUCCUACUACGCUGCAAGGGACCUCAUGCAGGAAGCCUGUAUCGUCUUCUGUCCCUACAACUACCUACUGGACCCCCUCAUCAGGGAGAGCAUGCAGAUCAACCUGAAGGGUCAGAUUGUGGUUCUGGAUGAGGCCCACAACAUAGAGGACUGUGCCAGGGAGAGUGCCAGCUACACCCUGAACAAACCCCAGCUGCUCUCUGCCAGGGAGGAGCUGGACGGCAUGGUGACCCAUAACAUCAGACGCUCCAACCACGAACCCCUACGUGCCUUCUGCUGCUCCCUGCUCAACUGGAUGCAGGAGAGCUGCAGUGUUCUGGCUGAAAGGGAGUAUGAGAUGUCUUGUAAGGUGUGGAACGGCAAGGAGGUUCUGGGACUCUUCCACACCAUGGGCAUCACUGCUGACACUUUUGCCAUGCUGCAGAAACACCUGGCAGCGGUGUUGGAGAAGGAGGAGCGAGUUGGGCUGGUGAACGGGAGAGAGGACACCGUGGAGGUCCCCACCAUCAGCUCAGCCAGCUCCUCUGUCCUCAAGAGUCUCUUCAUGGUGCUGGACUUCCUCUACAGGGACAAGAGCAGGUUUGCAGAGGACUACCGCGUGGCGCUGCAGCAGUCCUACGCCUGGACCACUGCUCCAGACAUACCAGAUGCUCAGGGCUUCUUCGCCAGGCCCAACCGCCGACGCCACAGUGCCAAGACCAAGACCCUCGUACACACACUCAGCUUCUGGUGCCUCAACCCUGCUGUGGCGUUCUCAGACCUUUCGGACAGUGUUCACAGCAUCGUGUUGACCUCAGGCACAUUGUCUCCUAUGGGAUCCUUCUCCUCAGAACUGGGGGUCAAGUUCUCUAUCCAGCUAGAGGCCAGCCACGUCAUCAGCAAGUCACAGGUGUGGGUGGGUACGCUGGGCUCUGGCCCCCAGGGGAGGAAGCUGUGUGCCACCUUCCAGCAUGCUGAGACCUAUGCCUUCCAGGAUGAGGUGGGAGCCCUGCUGCUCAGGGUCUGCCAGGCCGUUGGAAGGGGAGUGCUCUGCUUUUUGCCCUCCUACAAGAUGCUGGACAAGCUGCGUGACCGCUGGACCAACACAGGGCUGUGGGAGAAGCUGGAGGAGAGGAAGACUGUGAUCACAGAGCCCAGAGGAGGAGGGAAGGGAGACUUUGAUGAGCUGCUGCAGGUGUACUAUGAUGCCAUCAGAAUCAGUGGAGAGUUUGCAGGGGACAGAGAUGGAGCUCUGCUGAUGGCAGUAUGUAGAGGGAAGGUGAGUGAAGGACUGGACUUCACAGACGACAACGCCAGAGCAGUGGUCACCAUUGGCAUCCCCUUCCCUAACAUCAAGGACCUGCAGGUGGAGCUGAAGAUGAAGUAUAAUGACCAGCACUGUAAAGCCAGGGGUCUGCUGUCAGGCUCCCGCUGGUAUGAGAUCCAGGCCUACAGAGCCCUCAACCAGGCCCUGGGCAGGUGUAUCAGACACAAGAAUGACUGGGGAGCCCUCAUUCUGGUAGACGACAGGUUUGGGAACAACCCCAACAAAUACAUCUCAGGUCUGUCCAAGUGGGUGCGUAACCUGGUCAGGCACCACGACACCUUCAGAGGUGCCAUGCAGUCGCUGGUGGCCUUCUCCCAGUGCCAACAGGGGGCAGGAGAGAUCCAUGGAGCAGGGAGCCAGACCUUCAACAGCACCACCGUCCUGUCUCCAGCCAGUCAAUCUAGGCCCAGUCCUAGCCCCAGCUCAGACUGCCUUCUCUGGGCCACGGUGCACCACACUACCACGUCUCAGGUCCCAGAGCCCCACACCCAGCUACAGGGGUUCAGGUCCUGGGUUCCCCCUACGGUCUCUGUCCCACCUGCUCUGUGGCCUCUCCCCACCACCAGCACUGGAAAGAGUGGAAACAUAGGUGACCAGAAGCAGACACAGCAACACCCCUCCACUCAUCCGAACAGUGAUCCCAAGGCCCCGCCCCCGAACAUCUCCACUCCCCUCACCACCCCACGGUCCGUGCACCACCUCUUCACCUCCACCCUUGUGAGCUCCACCCACUUCAAGACUCCAAUCUUCCAGGCCCAGGACCCAAGCAGGCAUCAAGAUCAUCUGGAUGACCCGCCACGGCCUGACUCUGUGGAGGAGGAGGAGAAGAAGAUCCAGGAGAAUGUGAGUCAGGAUCCCUUGAUCCCCUUCCAAGGAGGGAUGGCCCGUGAGGGGCUGGAUGGACCGGUAUCUACCCCUCCCAGCCCGGACCAGGGUCCGGUUCUAGUCCUCUCCCCAGUGGAGGUCCCUGCCAGUUGUGAGCCCAGACAGACCACUGUAGUUGUUGACGAUCCCACCCUGCUAGAGGAAGAGGAAGACCAGAGCAUCUUCUUCACACCUGAGAUGUUUGAUGACGAAGAGGAGGUGGUGGACACCAAGCCUCUCCCCAGGACAGUGCAGGGGAUGAUGACAGGGGAGGGAACUGUGCUUGCGUCCAGCCUUGCUCUCUCUACCGGAACAGCCCAGGCUCUGUCUGAGGACCUGUUUGGCCCAGAGCAGGGUCCCAGGGAGGACACAGAGACAGUCACUACCACUGAUACCAAGAGGGGAGGCGCUCUCGCUCCCUCAGCCAGUAGAGACUGUGUCAGUGUGGGAUGGGAACAGGACAGGCAGCAGGGGAGUAGGAUAGGGAGUGGUGAUGAGGCCCAACAGACCCAGAGACAGGAGGACCAAGGUCAGGGAGAAGGACAGGAGCUGAACCAGGGGGCGACCCAAGGCCAGAGCAGGCAGACAGGCAGCAGGACACACAGACUGUCCAGGUCCAAACAGAAAGCUCCAGAGCCAUCCUCAGGUCACUGCGCUGAGGUCACAAGACCGACCCAGCCAUGGAAAGGGAGAGUUGUUCUUUCCAAGACUCAGGCUAAGAACCAGGACCAGACCCAUGUCAGGUGCAGUCAGAGGGGCAGAGGCAGAACCAAGGCAGGGGUGCCCUUUGCACCCACCUCCAGUCUCCCAGUUCAGCCACAGACCAAAGACCAGAGCCUAGAGGUCCAGGGCAGGACAGCCAGAGUCAGAUCUGCUAGUGUCGCUGGUCCUGAAGAGACUGAGGGAGAGCAGGCUGUCACAGGAUGGAAGGACCAGGCCUCUACCAAGCCUGGGACUAGUAUUAGGGCCAAGACCAGGGGGCCAGAGGACUCUUUCAAGUCAGAAACCAGCAGGACGGCCAGGGGGCAGGAGGAUGUUCCCAAGCCAGAGACCAACAGCAGUAAGGCCAAGGGGCAGGAGGUUACUAGUGUUUUCUGCCAACAGUACAGCAGCAGGGGGAGAUUGAAGACAACAUGCAGAACAGAGGUGAAGAGAUUCAGGGGGAAAGAGGCACGGUUGCCCCCCUCUUGGGAGGGCCUGGAAGAAGUCACGAGCAGCACCCCCGCCACCACAACAGUGCACUUGGACAUUGUCAACCCUAAAUGCGAGGGUAGAGUGUGUGUCCGAGGAAGUCCUGGAGGUGAACCUGAGACUGAGAGUAGCUCCACUGGUCUAGCAAAGGAAGGGCCUGGUAGUCAGAACUCUUUACAGAAAGGCAUCAAGGUGCAGGAUAGAGGGGGCAACAGGGCCUCUCGGAGGAGGAAGGUGCGUUAGGGUCCACUGCAUAGACCAGGUUUGGAGCCUAGGUAUCUGAACAGUAGUGAUGCACAUUGUUUGUAUGUGACAAGACUAAUAUGAUGCACAUCAUGCCAACUCAAGUCUUGUCUUUCAGAGGACUAACAACCACAGACCCUGUUCCAGAGGACUAGACUGUGCUGUGUGUGGGCAGCAGCUACUGCCUGUGGCAGAGGGUACAUUUAAUUCCCACAAAUAAACACAUAUCCUUAUGUCAGUGAUCCUCAAUCAAAUCAAAAGUGGAUGUUGUAACUUGUGACCGUGUACCUUAAAUGAGCUAGGCUUAAAGGCACCAGAGGGUGGGGGGGGCACAGCUGCAGGUCCAGCACACUGUCCAUGCCUCCCACCCAGACCCCAAUGUCCCCCCUACCCCACUGGUGGUAUGGGGGCAUAGCGGCCCUACAGGCCCUCAGAAGCUGUCUUCAGCCUUACAGGGACAACAACACUACAGGUAGACAUUAAAUAAAUCAUACAUCUGACUUUAUCUUUAAUCUUUGCCUAACCUACAGGAAUUAGUUAAUUUGUGAUUUCACUGUGGAAUAAUACAGCCACAUACGAAGAACCUGCUAUUACAGACUUUCCUUGUUCAGGCUUGUUUUAGUACCUCUGGGGAUGACCAUAAAGAGAGGGAAGCACUGUUAUAGGAGCUAAACAUUGCAGUCAGCAAGAUGUUUCCAUAGUUACAAAACCCCUGCUUCAUUGAUGCCAUAAGUCUAUGCUGGGGAGCUCCCCUCUCUUUGAAGUGAGAGUGAGAGAAACCAACCUGUCUGAACGAUGUCCCAACUCUGAAAGGCUCUAACCUGGAUCCACCCAAAUCACUGACUCAAUAGAUUAUUCAGGACAAAAGAAUCCAUGGUGCCUGCUAGAAUCCCCUAGUCACUUUUCCCUUUGACAGUGUUGCUAUCCAAGCCAAAGAAUAAGAAUGAAUCAUUCUAUUUCUCUGAUCCAAGCACCUUUCAUCCAUACAUACAGUACACACUUCCCCAACAGCAUUCUAUAGUUCCGUUGGUAUAUGUAUUUAUAGUCCCUUCAAAGUAAUGAUCCAUUUAAACUAUCUGUCGUUAUAAAACAGCAAUCAGUGUCACUAGCCAAAGAGCAUUUAUACGUAUUCACUUUCCCCCAGGAUUAAGGUGUACGACUUUCUGUGCUGACGAGUGGGUUAAUGGUGUGGCUGGCGGCUGAGGCCUUUGAUGCUGUCUCCCUACAGGCUUUUCUGUGGGUUACUUUGCAUUCAGUUGUUUUGUCCUUUAUUUUCAUUUUCUCUUUCUCUCUCUGAAGCACACACACACACACACACGUACAGCCUACAAUUCUAUCUGGGACCCAGUGGAGUGCUCUGUGACAAGGCUGCUACAGUGUAUAGGUUGUGCCUUCCACAACCCCUACUCUUCCUCUCCUGCUGCUGUGGUAGCAGCUGAGAUCCAGCACCCUCGGGACCCCACCCUGGACCAGGUGAGCCUCAAAGCCUCAACCUUACAGGGAGGGACACAGCACCUUGUACUAGGUGUGCUUGGUCUGGUUGUCCUCUAGCUGGUGCUCCACAGACACAAACAAUUGUUUAUUCCUUAAAAGCAGCCUAUGAAUAAGGAGAGACUAAUAUCCACGCUUUGGGUUUGUUUAGAGCAAUUCCAUGGUAACAGAAUGAGACUCAGAUUUGUCACUUUAAAAUGUAUGUCAAACAAAAACCAAUGACCGCAAAGUUAAUCAACCCAUACAGUUCUGAGCACAAUUUCCACAGAAAAUUCUACAAAAAUACAUUUGCUUGAAGAACAGUGAUGCUAAGAGGAUGCAAAGUUUUUGUGACGGUUUGUGACAUCAUUCUGUUACCAAACUUUGCACCAACCAAAAAUGUUAGCAUUUUCUAACCAAAAACCAAUGGAAGUCAAUGUACCCCAAAUGUCUGCCUCAUAAUCAAGUUAUGAAUCAAGACAGUAAUGUUAACCUGACCAUAACAGGUUGAAUCAGUUGUUGAACUCACAGGUAUAAUUUAUGUAAUGACAUACAUCUUGUUCUGUGCUUAGUACAAGAUGUUAUUUUCUAUCUUCAUAUGUUGCUGUGGGUUUGAAGUGUGUGUUCAGUAACCAAUGUGACAGAUUAACGUUGCAUUGUAACCAAUAUCUGUCCCUCUUCUGUGUUCAGAAAUAUGCUGUAAUUAUUGAACUGUAUGAUGAUGCAAAAUUAAGACUGAAACAUCAUGCCAAUAUCAAUCUAUGGUUGGCAGUGUGUGUGCGCGCAUGCAUACGUGCAUGUGUGAUGGCAUUGUACUGUACAACCUCUUAGAUGUAAAGUCCCCUGUUUUGGGGACCUGCUUGGUUCUAGUACCGGUUCCGACUGACAUUUUCACUUAUAAAUCAGUAUGUGGAUCCCAUAGAUCGAAAUGGAUUGCAUUGAGUGGUAGUCCUGAUUCUCAUGGACACAGGACUAUGUCUCUUCUGCCUGUGUAAGGCAGGAUGUGAAAUCUGACACCACUUGAAGUUGGCAUGUCCCUCCAUUUAAUUCGCUCUUCCGACUGUCCAUCAACUCCUGACUAAACCCUACGUCACGAACAGCCACUAACAAUGCAUAUGCCUGGAAUCCUUACAUCGCAAUUCAGCAGGAGAGAGUGGUUUCGUUGCUGUAGCACAUUCAGAGACCGAUUUAUGGCCAGUAAUCUAAAACAAUUAGAUCAUUUUAAACAAAAAACACUUUGUCAUAGAUGGACAAGAUUAAUAGGAGAUGAAAGGUGAGUUCCUCACGAGUAAUGGAAGCCAAGCUCUGUGAGAAGUUCACAGUGAUGGGGGCAGACGUUUGAUCAAGAGAGAACUUUAGAAAAUAUGCACAUUUUCUCUAACACUAAAUAUACAUCUGUAUUUCACAGUUACAAGCAGUGGUGGAAAAAGUCCCCAAUUUUCAUACUAGAUUAAAAGCUCUGUAAGGCCAUAAGCAAACAAGAAAAUGCUCAUCCAGAAGCGGCGCUCCUA